AUGGAGAGACGGAGCUGUGGAGUCCGACACGUGUGCACUCUGACUCUGCUGCUGGUCUCUGUGUGUCCGCUGUGCUGCAGAGCCUCCUGGAUGUGGUUGGGUGUGGCCCCGGCCGGAGUCCCGGAGAAGCUGGGCUGUGCUGCCCUCCCUCUCAGCCACAAGCAGCGGGACCUGUGCCGGAAGAAGCCGUUCCUGCUGCCCAGCAUCCAGGACGGAGCCCGGCUCGCCAUCGCGGAGUGUCAGAGCCAGUUCAGACACGAGAGGUGGAACUGCUCCACCAGGGAGGACCCGUCCGUGUUCGGAUACGAGUCAACGAGCGGAACCAAAGAAACAGCGUUCAUUUACGCGGUGAUGGCGGCGGGGCUGGUCCACGCCGUCACGCGCUCCUGUAGUCAGGGCAACAUGACGGAGUGCGGCUGCGACACUCAGCUGCAGGGCAGCGGCUCGCCGGAGGAGGGCUGGCACUGGGGCGGCUGCUCAGACCACAUCCAGUACGGGACCUGGUUCAGCCGCAAGUUCAUCGACAGCGGCGUCAAAAACAUGUCGACAACCAGAGGAGGAUACACGCAGACCACCAUGAAUCAGCACAACAGCGAGGCGGGACGCCAGGUGAUUGACAGGACGAUGUCCACAGACUGUCGUUGUCACGGUGUCUCCGGCUCCUGUGCGGUGAAGACGUGUUGGAGGACGAUGGCGCCGUUCGAGCGUGUUGGCGUGUACCUGAAGGAGCGCUAUGAACGCAGCGUUCAGGUGUCGGACCGCUCGAGGAGGAAGACGAGGAGGAAGGAGCAGCGUCGUCUCCCCGUCAACAAACAGCAGCUCAUCUUCCUCAACAAGUCUCCAAACUACUGUCUGGAGGACCGGCGGCGCGGCAUCGCCGGCACCAAAGGACGCCGCUGCAACCGGACGUCCACCGGCUCCGACAGCUGCAACCUGCUGUGCUGCGGCAGAGGAUACAACACUCACCUGGUGAGACACGUCGAACGCUGCGAGUGCAAGUUCGUCUGGUGCUGCUACGUCCGCUGCAGGCGCUGCGAGAGCAUGAACGACAUGCACACCUGCAAAUAAAGACCAGGACACACCUGCAUAUAAAGACCAGGACACACCUGGAAAUAAAGACGAGGACACACCUGCAAAUAAAGACCAGGACACACCUGCAUAUAAAGACCAGGACACACCUGGAAAUAAAGACCAGGACACACCUGCAUAUAAAGACCAGGACACACCUGGAAAUAAAGACCAGGAUACACCUGCAAAUAAAGACCAGGACACACCUGCAAAUAAAGACCAGGACACACCUGGAAAUAAAGACCAGGACACACCUGCAUAUAAAGACCAGGACACACCUGCAUAUAAAGACCAGGACACACCUGCAUAUAAAGACCAGGACACACCUGCAAAUAAAGACCAGGACACACCUGCAUAUAAAGACCAGGACA